ACUAUCAAAAAGAUGUCUACAUUCACCCUUUCCAACCCAAACCGCACCAUCCAUGCGGGUGUCAUCCUCCUGGGACAUAUGGAAGUCCUAGAUGUAGCCCCCAUCGACCUCCUCCACAACAUGGGAAAAAGAUUCAUGGAAAUGCUCCCUGUCUCCGAAGACAUCAAAGCCAAAGCAUACGAUAUCGAAACGCACUGGGUCACCGAAAAAGGCGCGCCGGCAAGACUAUCCGCCAACAUGACUCUACAGGCAACGGAUUCUUUCGAUAGUUGUCCAAGGCUCGACAUCGUUCUCAUCGGUGCUUGGCUGCCAAGCUACACCCCCAACGAAGCCGAGCUCGCCUUCAUACGUAAAUCCCACGAAGAUUGCUCCGCGUUCCUGACUAUCUGCGGGGGUUUCACCGCCGCGCAGAUGACUGGGUUGCUUGAUGGGAAGAUGGCGACGGCGCCGCGGUUUAUGAUUCCCAUGCUCAAAGAGCAGCAUCCGCGUACGACGUGGGUUGAUAAGAGGGUGGUACGGGAUGGCAAGAUUUGGACCAGUGGGGCUUUGUUGAAUGGGUUGGAUUUGAUGAGGGAGUUUGUCAAGGAGACUUGGCCUGAGAUCGCGAGUGUUGUCGUUCCAUUGGGCGGGUGGCCUGUUAGGGGUUUGGAGUAUCAUGGUACGGAUGGGAUGCCCGUACCCAUGGAGUUUUAA